AUUCCUACGACGGCGCCGGGGCCAGCCCUCCACCGACGCCCCCGUCCUCGGUGGUGGUAGCCCGACGAUCGCCAUUGCCGCCACCCUCCACGAUCGGGCGCGCGGCGAGAGAAUGACCUCCACCGUAUCCGCUUCCCAACUGCAUAUUACCGCCACAGCCACGGGGACCUCUGCUGUAAUCACAACGCCCUCCUCAAACCAGAACCCCAUCAACGCGCGCUCCUGCCAUCAUUCGGCGAGCAGCUCCCCACGCAGCAGCACCACCACCGGAGGCACAGGCGGUGGCGGCGGCAGCGGCAGCGGGAGCACGAACCAGGCGUGCGCGGCGUGCAAGUACCAGCGUCGCAAGUGCAGCCCGGACUGCCCGCUCGCGCCCUACUUCCCUGCCGACCAGCAGCGGCGCUUCCUCAACGCCCACCGUCUCUUCGGUGUCAGCAACAUCCUCAAAACGCUGAAGAAGCUCAAGCCGGAACUCUGCGCCGACGCCAUGGGCACGCUCAUCUACCAGUCCGACAUGCGCGCGCAGGAUCCCGUCGGUGGCUGCUACCGCCUCGUCCUCAGUCUGGAGCGCCAGCUCGAGAUCGAUACUGCCGAGCUCACCGCCGUGCUCCACCACUUGGCGUUCUGCCGCCAGGCUACCACGACAACCACCGUGAUGGCACCGCAACAGCAAGGCGGUGGCAUGGCUGACCUCGACGUCACGUCCUCCAACCAGCCGCUUCUCCCCAACGAGCAGCAAGAAGUCGUUGACGCACUCUACGUGAAUCACGAAGCUCACACCGCCAUCCUUCAAACCGACGAGGUCGUCCACCGCCACGGUGGAGGCCACAGCCCCACCGAUGAUCAUCACGGUGAGCAGCAACAGCAGCAGCUCUUCGACUACUUCUAUUACGAUGCCACCGCCAGCGACGAUGCAAGUAGCAAGCCUACCAUAGACAUCAACCUCGACAACAUGCAACAAUUCGAUUUUGACGAUAGUUGUGCCGCCGCCGAGAAAGUGGAUCUGGCUCCGGCAGCUGGGGAUGGGGAAAUAAGGCAUCAUCAGCACCUCGACAUGAAUUGCCAAAUUGACCACAAAGAUUAUUUCGAGAUAAAGGCGGCGUCACUCGUCGACGCCUUUGACAUCCGGCAGGACCUGCAGCCGGUGGCAGACGUGAACGCCGAGGUUGACAUUGACAUCAAGACGGUGGAUAUGAAUGCCGGCAUUGGCAUCGACAUGAAGGCGAUGGACAUGAACGCCAAUGUAGACGUCAAUGCCGACCUACAGGGGGAUGAUGCCGCUGUCAACGUCUCCACCUGUGAAGCUGAAGCAGCAAAAAUGGCAGCCGAGUCAUCACAUUGCAGGCUAGGGUUAGGAUUUUCUUCGUUCUGAUCAAUCGUCUUUCCAUUUCUCGCAUGCAUAGGGAUGCCAAUGCAUGUACGAAUAAUUCUUUUUUUUAUGAUAGAGAAACUAGAUUUUUUUUUGGUCAACCAAAAGACCCACCGACUCAUUUUAAAAGGUUUUGAGCACAAAAAAGACUAUAAAUCAGGCUAGAAUUUCAAUGACACAAGUUUGUACUAAUAAUAUAGUGUAAGAUUAUAGAAAUUACAUAAUGUAAUCAUCUUACUUGUUAAGAAUUAUUAAGGCA